GGCCGAGGCCGAGGCCGAGGGUGGCGGGGGGGCGGCGCUGGCCGGCGGCCGCCGAGGGCGGCGGCACCUCGCCAUGCGCUACAACGAGCGGGAGCUGCUCUGCCUGGCCCGGCAGCCGGCCGAGAAGGCGGCCGAGAUCCUCAUGCGGGUGCCCAAGAAGGGGAGCGGAGGAAGAAGCUGGCUGGAGGGAUAUGCAGACACAGAGAUGUGGAGGGAUUUAAGAGGCACCGAGGUGGAAGUGUUAAAGAAACGCCUUGUGAAGCUUGUUGUCAACUUUCUCUUCUACUUCCGGACAGAUGAAGCGGAGCCCAUCGGAGCUCUGCUGCUGGAGCACUGCAGAAUCACCAAAGAAGAAGAGAACGUCUUCUCAAUUAGUUUCAUUGAGGAGCCGGAGAGAAAAUACUGUUUUGAAUGUGACAGUGAAGAGCAGUGUCAGGAGUGGAUUGAGGCACUCAAGCGAGCCAGCUAUGAAUUCAUGAGGAGGAGCUUGAUUUUCUACCGGAAUGAGAUCCAGAAAAUGACAGGGAAGGACCCCCUGGAGCAGUACGGGAUCUCUGAGGAAGCCCGCUUCCAGCUGGGAACACGCAAGCAAUAACCCCCACGCUUGGGCUGAACUGGUGUCUGGCCACAGCCUUCCUCUGGAAGGGGUCAAACCCAAGCUUCCCCAGGGAGGAAGAGCAACAGUUCCCCACAGUGGUGACCAAGUGACUUUUUAAUUUAUUAGACAAGUAAUUUAGUAUGAUUUUUUUAAAGGGAAUUCAUUGCACAUUCCCACUUCUGGUGCCCCUGACCUGCCCCAGUGGUGCAGGCAGCCAGAGUCUUAACUGCUCACUGCAGACCAAAACUGCGAGCUGACUGGUGGCUGCACUGACAUCUCCGCAGGUGCCCCCUGCUUGCAUUGCUGUAGCUGUGGGAGUAAAACAGCCACCACUCAGAGCAAGAGCAGAGGAAGCAGGGACUGAAGAGAGUCCCCAGCAUCUGCUGUCGUCCAGCUUCCCUCUUCAUUCCCAUCCCCCUCCUGCAAUGAUUUACUCAGCUCUUCUGGCUCCAGCUUUUCCAGCAACCUCCAAGGGAGCUAUUGAGGGUUGUUCAGCCCCUCACUGUAAGAGGAUUCUCCAGCUGAUUGCAUUUCUGUGCUUGCAGGGUUAACCCCGUCAUGUCCUCUCCUGUUGGAAGCCAUUUUUGGUGCUGAGACGUCUGCUAGCAGAGUCUGAAGGCUGGGGGAAGGUGGAGGUGGGGAGCUUGGCAAGGAAGAGUGCAAAGCCUUCCACUAGCAGGGCCCACCCUGGCAGCUCAGCCAGUGCACCGGCUGGUGGGGAAGGGACAUCGCCUCCCCUGUGUCAAGGCAGCAGUGUCUGUGCAGUCACUAGCACCUGCCUCGGAAGGUUCUUUUUCUUCUUGGGGCAGGUGGUGCUAAUUGCUAGAAGUUUGAUGAAGCUUGGCCCCAGGGCCAGCUCACACUACAGAUUUUUAGCUAGAGUGCUCACACAAAUGCGUGAGGAGGGAGAGGCUGUUUGGCUGCAAAGCACUAGGGAAAGAGCAGUCUGAAAGCUCUGUGUCUUGUGAUCUUGCUUCCCUCUGCACUACUCCAGUGGGCUAAGCUGUGCAGUUACUUUGCUUCCCAGAGAGGAAAGCCAGACAGAGAGGUUUGUAAAGAGAGGAACUGCUACGUGCGCGUUUGCUCGAUGUAUGCGCUUCAGGGUGUGCAGAACUGCGCUUAAGCCCAGGGAGCCUGUGACAUCUGUGGAUUAACACUGUUCCUUGAGCCCUUUCUGCAGCUUUUUACUCCUUUGUGAGCUUGCAGAGGGAAAGACCUGAACAACUACCCCUGCCAAGGUCACAGAGACCUACACCAGCUCUCCCCUCUGCCAGGGAAUGAGUGCUGCCUUCCCUGGGACUCCUGUAAGGAAAUGAUAAGCAUUAAGGCACAGCAUUUCUCCUGGGAAGCUCUGCACCUUCAGGAAUCGCUAUGACUGCAGGAAGGCGAACCAUAGCCAGACGCAAGGGGCAGAAGGUUCCCCGCCACGCUUCCAUGCGUGUGCUUCAAGAGCCCCUGCUUCCUGAUCGCCGCCAGGACAGUCCCUCCAAGCCAAGACGUGACUUGUGCAAUAGCAGAGGGUGCGGCUGAGUGCUGCAGCUCACGGGAACAGAGGCCAUUCCUUGCCAAAAGAAAUCUGUGGAAUCUCACAGGUAACAUUUUCACGCAGUUGCUGACAGAAGAAGCUUCACUCAUGCCUGGGGCAGGAGAACGCAGCAAAAGGCUUCCAUUAACCCUGCAGAAGCACUUGGGUUUGACCUGAGCACGGGGUUUUGCAGCUUUUAUCUUCUUUCUACCUGGGAGGCAGGAAGGCUGCUGUGCAGUUAGGCAGCACGUGCUGAGCAAGCUGGGUUAGAGCAGCCUAUGCUGUGAUCCAGAUUUGAAGGGUAAGUUUCGAGUCUCUUGCUCUAUAAUGGGGAAUUAAUGCAGGAAGAUCAGCCUGUGCUUGCGAGCUUUAGUGGCCUGGCCUACCUUCUUUACCUCACGCUGGUACUAGGUACUAGGAGAGUGGCAGAUGCCAUUGAUGCUUUAUUUUUUAACCUCAAGCCCAAGAUUCUUCCUUUCUCUUCCCACAUAUCCCCGUUCCCUGCAGUGGUUCCAGGUGCUUGCUCCAGCCAUUACCAAAAUAAGCAGAGGGACAGCAGUCCUGCAUAAUAAACUGAGGACCUGAGAAGUUGGAGGCAGAAAGUAGGUUAUUUUUGAUGACAGAUGGCAACUCCAGGGGAAGCAGCAAUAAGGGAUUAAAAGCAGGAACAUAUCAGAGCUUGUGCUUUAGGGAAUUAAGUGUCCUCAGAUGACUUUAAAGUGCAUUUUAAUCUUCGUGAGCCUACUCUGCUUCACUUCAGCACAGGGACAUGUUCCUGACGUGCUGGUGGGGUAGACAGCUACCUUAUUUACUGUGAUAAUAAAAAGACUUGUCCAUGUAGUCGCUAUAGAGGUCUUACAGGUGAUAGACGUGCUUCAGGCUCCCAGCAACAGGAUAAUCCGAAUUGCACGGGAGCGUGUUGCGGUUCCUCGUCGGCAGUUCUGGGUGAGCAGAGCGGCCACGGGCUCCCGCAUCAAAGCGGCAGGUAUCAUCUCGACUGUGCAGCCAUCAGCAUUAGCUUACCGGUGCGUGAACCAGACUGCAGAAAGGAAAGGUUUAAGUUCAUUCCAGCCAGUUUCGGAGGCAGAACGUCGACAUCCACACGUAAGCUGAGUCAGUUCCCCAAAGUCCAGUGAGUUCUUUAAUAUGCCAAGUGAACCUCUCUAUAAGCAAAACCCUAGGAAUUUAGUCAAGACUUGAUCCUCUGGAGCAAACAAGUCCAGCACUACAGCAAGGUUCACUGUUGCUGCCAGCCACCUUCAAUAGCUAACACAGGUCUCUGCUGUGUGCCUUCCACUACUAUCAGUAGCUUCCUCUUUGUAUGAGUCUUUCAGAAGGUAGGUCUCACACCUACCAUCUUCACUGUAUGUAAAUUGGGCAUUUUAUUUAGAUGUUAGGGAUAGGGAACAGUUGGGUGAGCAAGCCAGACUCCCAACGCUUAUUUAAGAAAUGACAUUUCUUAACUGAAUGUAAGACAAAUGCUGUGAAAAGUUACGUGGGCCUGUCGCAGGCCCAGUAACUUGGUUAGCUAGAUCAACUUUGAGAGUAGUGCUAGGACACUGGGUUAGGUUACAGGAGUAAGGGAAGAUGGUACUUCUAGCCACUUGAGAGAUCUACAUUAACUGCUGGUGAUUUAUAGACAAAUGUUUGUUUUUCAUACUCUGUUCACUAUGAUUUUUGUAUUUCGGUGGCCUGUUCCAAUGAGCAUUGAGUACAGGCUCCCUGAAAGUAUACUGAAGCUGUUUAUCUGUUAUACGAUGAAUGUUUCCAAUAAAAAUUGUUUUAAUCAG